AUGAAAGGACGGCGGCGGCGGUCGGGGCGCCAGGGCUUGUGGGGCUUGUGCCUGCUGCUACUAGCGCCCAUCGGAGCUCAAGAGUUGUUUUUGGAUGAGAGACUGGGUCUGCAUCUGCAUAGUGAGACCGGUGCCGACGUUUUGAUUGAUGGCGUGAAUGUCCGACUUGAGCUGGAGGCGCUGCAGGCAAGACCCUGGCUGGCGACCCUGCCCGCCUAUACCACCUUUGAUGUGGACAACGCGGUGAUGCACGGGCAAAGGACUUUCCGCCAUCCGCAACGGCUGCCCCUCUCACCGGCCUUGCGCAGCGGUGAGGCAGCCCUGAUCCUGGCGGGGACUUUUGAGGCCCGAGGACCCGCCAGUACUACACGGGUCUUUGUCGAGUGCUAUGCCAACGACACGUACAUCACUAGCACAAUGGUGAGCCGCGCGGCAGCUUCUCAAGCGCGGCUGCUGUCGCUAUCUGCUCACGAAGUGGUGCUCAACACCACAAGCCAAUAUAACCGCAGGUUUUGGUUCAAUGGCAUCAAUUCAUCAAUCGCUAUCGGAUUCUACCUACACGGGCCCGACCAGCUCCCCUUGAUCGUGACUGGCGUGCUCGCUGCCGUGAGCAACGACGACAAUCCAAGCCAGCUGCGCCUCGAUUUUGCCAUGCCCGUCACCGCCCUGGAGGUGCUUCAAGCCGCCCUGCAAGCUAGCCCGCCCUCCUCCUUGCUCGUUUUGCUCCACCACACAAGCGGCAGCGAUCUGUCGCCCAUUAUCUAUGAAUUUUCUGGCAACCAAACAGUGGGCCCGCGCGCACUGACGGCCAGCGUGUCGGGUCUGGCUUGGCCCGAUGAGCGCAACAACGCGUUUCGUGUCGGAACCACCCAUAUUCGGGUGGGCUUUCUCUUCAAUGCCCCCGGCUCCGUCCUCGCCGUCACGGACGCUGUGACCCGCUUGUCUGACUUUACCUCGACCGCGUUGUCGGUGUCGUCGACCGUUGAAGCCAUACCUCCGGCUCGGUCCGACAGCAAUGUUCCAGAUGGUGCUGAAGAUGAAGCCCAGCUGCUGCAGCAGUUGAAACAACAGCGCCGCGAAACACGGCGUCGUUUGCGCCAGGAGCUUGCUGCCCGCCAUGAUCCACCCGCAGUGCCUCCUACAACUGCAUCUGCAUCUGCAAAUGUGACCACAGCAGCCCAAGAACAGGACGUGGUUGGCUCACCAGAACCAGCUUCUGAGCUGCCGGCUCGUGUGGCUGACUCAAGUCACACUGAACGCCCCACCCGUCGGCGGCGCGAAACCCGCCGCUCCGAGGUCCAGGCGCGGCGUCAAGAACGCUUGGCCCAGCGAACACUGGAAACUCCCUCCACUGCUCUUUCGUCUACCGUGCCCGGUGUUCCCGCGGCCUUACUCCCGCGCGGCCCGUCACCAACACGAGCAACGACUUCAACAGCACCAAUCGCCGAGACAGCCUCGCAGCGGCCUGCGACCUCGCCGCCACGUGUCAAGUCAGCGCGCCGCAUCAGCCGAAGACAAACAAGUCGCCGCCGCCGCCGCUUUCAUGAUGAUGCCAGUGAUACCGCUUCUUCUGUGGGCCAUGACGAUGAAAAUCGCGCAGCUGGCCUAGGCCAUCAUGAGCACUCUUUUGAGGAGCGGCCUCCCAGCGAAAUCUCUUUCGGUUCACAUCACAGCCUGCCUGUUGCUGAUAUUCCGCGACCCAAAUCUGCCGGUGGGCAUCUUCUACGCCGCCAACUAGAAGAUGUGGAAGCCUCUGCUGCCAUCGUCUCUUGGUGGGAUGCGCAAGGUUUUGUAUCUCGAACAAUCCAUGUCACCGACGAACCUCAGCCGACAGAGGCUGCUGAGCAUGUAAUGAUUCCCAUGGACGAGCCACUGCUGCGCCUGCACGCAGCAACGCCUGCACCUGCACCUGACAACGUGCCAAAGGUCACAAAGUUGUUUGCGGUGCAGCGCCACGCCAAGCGUGCCCCCCUGAUGCCCCCGGAACUACCCGACCAUGCGCCAGCUCUACAACAACAACGAGCUCAGGAAGAUGGGCUGUACGUUGCUCGCCCUAUGACUCUGCCUGCCGACACGUCUUCGGCCUGGCGCCAGCGCAUUGCGCAGCUGGCAACGCUGCAGUCUGAUAAUCCAGAGCGCCCAGACAACAGUGUUUUGGCCAAGUGGUUGGACGUUGAUGGCUACGUGUUGACCGCUGUCAAUCCGCUCCGAGAUACACGCACCCGAGCUCCCUUCGUCUUGGAUCGGCUUGAUCUGUUGCAGCUCGAGGUGGAUCGCCGACUAGCCCAGGCUGAAACCCUAGACAACAGCUACCUGGCCGAGGAAGAAGGCGCUGGUUCUCGCGACGACGACGAUGACGACGAACCUGACCUCAUCUAUGUUGAAGCGUCUCCGGUGGGCAAUCUGUUGGGCUCGCCCGAGGGCCACGAGCCUCUCGCGGGCCCCGAUGCAGUUAUCCAGAUAGGUGUCUAUCUCUCUGGUGUGCGUUUUCUCAGUCAUCCAGCCUUCAACGACGAGCAGGCAAUAGCAGCUCGACUUGAGGCACUUGUGCAACAAUACGUGGACAUGGACGUGGACCACGAGGUUUCUGUUCUGGAGGACAGCCUGCAUCAGCAAGCACAGCGUGCAGCUCACGAACUUCGCCGUUAUGAGCUGCUCACCGGCUCAGCUGUUCCAGGCCUCACAGCGGCCGACAUGGCCGUGCGUCACCGGGUCGUUGUCGUGGGCGAUCACGAUUUACUCGCUACCACCCUGGGUGCAAACGGGACGAUGCUCGUGCCUGAUGCCGAGCAAGCGCCCGCAGAAGUGGCGCGCCUAGCCCUCGAACGCUUGACGGGAAUUUUGCGUGAAUGGGCGUUGCUUGUUGAGGCACGCGACGACUUGCUACGCCGUGAGAGCCAUGUUGUUCGAGGCAUUCUGCUUUGUUGGCAGCAAAUCAAGGCGCUUCGCCGUCAGCAAGGUUUUGUGUCCUCGCCUCUCCUCCUCAAAGUGCAAAAGGUGCCCUGUGUGGCUGAAGAAGAUCAACGAUCUCAAGAUCAGGAGGUGGCUGAGCGGUUGGACCUCGAGUACCUCAAAUUCGCCUGCGAGAUCAUCCUUGACUACUUUCAGCAGGCUGCCAUGGACCCCGAAUUGGAGCCCCCUCGCGUCCACCCUGAAGAUGGUCGCUUGGCUUUUUUUGCGCAGAGCGCUGCCAAGCAGCGGCUCGAGGCCAUGAUCAACCGGCAUAGACGCCCACCGGGCCAAGCUCGUUUGAUCCCACACCUUUCUGCCCAUGGAGAUGUGACACCUCUCAAGGACUGUCCAAAUACUGAGCGCCGCCGUCGUCAGCGUGCCCAGGCCAUAAAGUAUCACCUGGCUCUUUUCAUCAAUGACAAACAGGUAUUCAAAUCCAAUGACGUGCGCUUGGAUGAAAAUGAUUUUAGCCUGCCUUGUCGAGAAUACGUCACCUGCCGUCUCCGUGCUGCCCCUCGAAAUCUGGCCGUCAAGGUUCUAGAGGCAUCUCGAAGCGGAGAGAUUGAGCUCGCCACGGUAUUUCUGCCCGUUCCUUCGCCUGGCCAGGCUGUGGACGAGGGGCGCACCUCCUGGGUAACCUUCAGCUCGGAGCAGCGCUCCCGGCCGGGUUUGCGACUGACCAAUGCCGAGGAGGACGAACUGCGACUUGAUCUGGGAGGCGAUGAUCUUGAAUUCUUGACCGGCCAAAUAUGCUACGCAGUGGGUUGGGCGCGUUCGCCUCACGAUGGACUCUUGAUGGGGCCUCGCGCUGCGGCUCUGGACAUGGAUCAACAGCUGCAUGCCCUCCGAGAACUGCAGACGCUUGCAGGUCUAGGCUUUGCCGGCCUGCCGACCGGUGAACUGCGCUCGCGUUGGCUUCAUCAAGCCGCCCUUGACCCAUUGGACCCCAUGAAUCAAAAACUUUUGGCAGCCGUUGGUGCCAUGCAUGCCAAGCCCUCAACGACGGAAUACUUUCGACUUGGAGCACCAGACGACAUUACGUUUGAUGCUCUCGUGAGUCCUCGUGCCGAAGCUGUGGCGAAUAGCCCGCGGCUCGUCGAUCAGGGUGAUCUGGCCCUGGCCAAUGCUCGGCACAAAUUCUUGCUGCUACGCGCCCAGAACGAGGAUGCACUGGUGGGCAAACCUUGUCCUUUGACAGAACCCGAGAUUCCCGUUCAGCAGCUGGAGCACAUUGAUGAUUUGCGUCGCCAUGGCCUGGUUGAGCAGCGGGCUGAAACUGACGGCACCUCGGUGCUAAGCCGUGCUGUUAAUGAGGCAUAUUCCUAUCUACGGGGUGAACAGGGACACGAGCUGAUGGCACUUCUCUUGGAACGAGCGCGGCGACUCAAUCAAUUAGCCAUGGCUCCCCGACUCUCGGACAUUGUGGACGAUACUUACCUGCCCAUUUCCGUCUCCAUCAACUUUUUUCAGAGCCCCUUGAUGCGGCGGGUACUGAGCUGGUUCCAACCACAUCGACCCCUGCGGCCGCACCGUGAGCAGCAACGACACGCAGCCCCUCUGACGCAGUCGAAAGUGAACAUUUGCCUCCGCGUUGGGCAGCUUGCACGCAUUCCCUUGCGCGUCUCUGGCAGUUCCUCGAAUGCCGGUGACGUGGGGCGACGAGGCCGUAAUCGAACUCGGCGUGGCUUGGACGGCAGCAACGGCACAAGCAAUGACAUGCGACCGGCAACCGCUCAAACUUCAUUGAGUGUAGUCGAUGUGCUCAAGAAACUUGAUACCGUGGCCAACUGCGUCAUUGUUGCGACACUGCAAGGUCAAUCCGUGUCUACAUCCGUCAGCGUGGGUGCCAAUGCAACAUUCAACGAAGAGCUCGUCCUUCCCUUCACCAUGGCACAAGGUGCCAUCAGCGCCGAGAGUUUGCGCUCUUGCCUGGACGAAGUCAGCCUCACGCUCUACGACGAGAAACGAGUACCCAACAGCGACCAGAGCACGCCUAGCCACGGGGCCGAAGUCAUGGUCCAUGUUCGACGACAGUUUCUAGGCACUUUGACCAUCCCUGUGGCGGUGCUCUUUGAGCUUACACAGAUGGAAGGCAUAUUUGCCUUUGACACGCCUUUAGCCUUACACGGACAUCAGCGGCAUGCAGCCAUGGCUUCUGAUGGUGCAGGUGCCCAUCAGGUUGGUGCGAUCCCUUCCGUCAGUGAAACUGGAUUGCAGCUGCCAUUGCAACCACAGGCAGGCCAAUGGGAUACAACGUUGGCCCAUACAGCACCGGCCAUCACCCUUUUUGCUUCUUUGAGCCCGCCGCUCAAGACGCCCGAGGCUGUGGCCUUGCGUUGUGAAAGCGAAGAGCCGACAGACUUGCUCGCCGCUGCACGUGAGCUGGCUCAUGAAAUGCAAGGAAGCUUCAACGAUCGCGUGGUUCAAACUUGCACCAUUGACUUGGCCGGCUUGGAGUCCCUGCCGUGUUGGCUCAUCUUCUUACGACUGGACAUAGGUGCUUUUGCCGCGGAGCCUGAAUUGGUGCGCCUCAGGCGCCUUGCUCGCGUCGUGGCAGCCCUUGCACCAGCGCGGCACAAUUUUUCUCGUCAACGCCUGCGAGUUGACAUGACGGCCACCAGUGACCAGGUUUUUCGCUUGGGCGAAGCUACCAAUCUGGAGAAGGCAAUCUUAUUCUGCAAUUAUGUACUGCAUCAGAGCACAGUGCAAGAAGCCUUUGUGGUGGUUUGCGCCCACCCGCUUCAAGGUCGCACUGCCGCCGUGCUCACAAAAGCCCAAGAAGAGUACUUUUUGUGGGACGUAACCGUGGGCGAGCAUGUGGCUGUUGGAGAUCCAAAUUGUCUCUUUCGCGCGAUUGGCACCAUGUUUUCAGAGCAAAAUCUCUGGAUCAACAUUCAGAGCACGACCAAGCCUAGUACCAUGGGCUUUAAUGUUACGGAUCGUCAACAUUGGCGACCGCUCUUUGAUGAGGCACCGCGACUGACCACCAUGCAGCUGAGUGUUUUACCUUACGCCGACGCGGAUCCAUUGGCUUUGCAGACGCUCCAUGAAACGCUGUUGGAUGCAUUGCGGCAAGAGAUUGAAGGCUGGCGCGGCAGUCAAAUUACGCGAUGGAACCGCCACCUAUCGCAGUGUCUUCAUCGCAGUCUCAGCGUGUUUGAGGAGGCUCGGGUGCAGGGCGUGUGCUUGCGUGGCGAUGAGCAGCCAGAGCUCCAAGAGAUUGUGAGCGCCUAUGCCUUUGCUGGCGUACCAUACUGUUGCUCUUUAACGUCGCGCACGGCAUUGACGCAGUUGGCACGCGCCUCACUCAUCUGGGACACGCACGACCGCAAUGCCGAGUUUGGGCUUGCGGUGCAUCUGGUACCAUAUGUGCGGAAUGCAGUGGUGGGGUGGAUUUACUUUGCCCGUGUUGCUCCACCAUCAUGA